AACGGGAUUUCCUUUCGACACAACCGUCGCUGCUGGGAGCGCGUGCACGUCGGGAGAUUUAUUUAAAAAAAAAAAUUAUUUGACUCCAUUUUUUUCAAUUUAUUUUCACGCAGCAAGUUUUAUUUUAUUUUAUUUAUUUUGGACGAGCGGACCCAGAACGUCCACCCACACACAUGCAUCCGGGGUCUUUACAUGAAGACGGUUUAGGUUGAGGAGAGCGAGGCCCCGCUUCUCUUCCUUAUUUAUUUAUUUUCUUCUUCUGCGGUCCCGUGCAGCCGUCGGUCUUUCCCAGCGGACCGGAAACCGGCUUUCCUGUGUCGAGCUCGUGGUACCAAAAAGAAAAAAAAAAGAAAAAGAAAAGUUCCACCUUAAGUCGUGCACGCGUCUGCGUCGGGCCGGCCUUCCACAUCUGCCCAAUGGAUCCGGAGCGGAUGCGCCGUAUCCUCUUUCAGCGCAGCCGGCGGCCAAUGGGAGUCGUCUUGCGGAGCAAACAGUGACUCCUGCGCUCCCAUUCAUUCAGAGACCGGACGGCGUCGGAGAGGAGCACGGCCCGCCGCCCGCCAGCAGCCCAGUCCGCCACAGCUCGUCCCGCAGAGGGCAAAACUGCUGGAUGUUACGGUCCGCGUCUGUAGUCCCGGUCCGCGCCUCUGUAGUCCCGGUCCGCCUCUGCAGCCACGCGUUUACCCACGCGUUCUUUUUCUUCUUCUUCGUUGUUGUUGUUUUGUUGCGAUCGUCUUCUUCUUCUUCGGCGCUCCGCGGGACUAACGAGCAGUGUUCGCCUGCGUGAGGCAGCUCGGCCUCCCAAGUGCGCAGCAGCCCCGUGUCGCUGUUCGAACGCUUGGCUGCGCCGCUUUUCCAUCUUCGUGGAUUUACUAAAAAAAAACAAAAACAACAAAAAAACACUUUUUUUUUGGGACGGAUGCGAGUUUACCCCCCGACCUGAACCUUCACGCGGAGGGACUUACGGGGAGGAUAGCGCUCGGGACCUGGAUUUUACAGCCGCCCCGUGCGCGUGUGUGCGUGCGGCCCCAUGCUGCGCGCUACAUAGUCUGCGGGUUUGGACGUCUCGCUUCCUGUGGAUGGAGUUUCCCCGUCUGCCGGUUGAUGGAUUCGACGCUGUGGAUGGUCGUGAAGAGAUUUUCCGAUGCAUGCCAAGUCCACGGUGAAUGUUGGAAGUGGUGAUCCCCCCAGAUGGAGCUCCAAACUCAGCAUGGCCCCGGCGGUUCAUUAGUGGUGAUCCAGCAGCCGUCCCUGGAGGGCCGGCAGAGGUCCGAUUACGAGCGGGAGCUCCACCAUGCCGCCAUCCUCUCUCUGGACCAAAUCAAGGUCAUCCGCUCCAGCAACGAGUACACCGAGGGCCCCUCGGUGGUCCGGAGGCCCCCUGCGCCUCGCAUGGCCCCCAGGCCCCAGGACAAGCAGGAGAGGACUCACGAGGUCAUCCUUGUCAAUGUGAAUAACAACUACGAGCACCGGCCGUCGGGGCACCAUCACAACCACCACCACCAUCAUCAUAACGUGGUGGUGGUGGCCCCGGGACAGCAGUACGGCGGCGGGCCGCGGGCUCCGGGCCUCAGCCGGUCCACCAGCACCGGGAGCGCCGCCAGCUCGGGGAGCAACAGCAGCGCCUCCUCCGAGCAGGGACUCCUGGCCCGCUCGCCUCCCGCCAGGCCCGGCGUGACCCUGGCUCCGCACCACCACCGAGCGGAGCGGCCCGUCCAGACUCAACCGAAACCCAAGGGUCUUUCAAAGCCCACACAAACCCACCAGACAGACGCCCCGCUCAAACCGCCGGGCAAGGGGAAAACGGACUCGCCGGGCGGCGGCGGCAGCGUGGCGGCAGGCGGUGGCACCGCCGCCGCCGGGCACCAGUUCAUCUGCGAGCGCUGCGGGAAAUGCAAGUGCGGCGAGUGCACGGCGCCGCGGAGCCUGCCCUCCUGCCUGGCCUGCAACGGCCAGUGCCUCUGCUCGGCGGAGAGCGCCCUGGAGCACGGCACCUGCAUGUGCCUGGUCAAGGGCAUCUUCUACCACUGCUCCAACGACGACGAGGGGGACUCCUGCGCCGACCACCCCUGCUCGCUGUCGCGCUCGCACUGCUGCCCGCGCUUCCUGUGCAUGGGAUUAAUGUCGGUACUCUUCCCCUGCCUGCUGUGCUACCCGCCGGUCAAAGGCUGCCUGAAGGCCUGCCAGGGCUGCUACGACCGGGUCAACCGGCCCGGCUGCCGCUGUAAGAACUCCAACACUGUGUAUUGCAAACUGGAGAGCUGGGCGCCACAGACGCCGGAAAAACCCUCCUGAUCCCCUCCCCCCCCCCACCCCCACCCAUAUACCCCCCCACCCCCCCCAACGUGUGUGCGGGAGACUCUAAACGUGGAUCUGAGACGAAGACUAUAGCGGCGACGAUGAUGAUGAUGAUAAUAUUGAUAAGAGAUGUUCAUUCACAAAUUUUUUGUGUCAGAUGUUCAAAGUAAGCACCUCCCACCACCCCACCACCCCCACUUCUCCCCCCACCCCCUCCCUGUGACGUCCCGCCCGAGGAGUCCAGUUCAAGGAGUAUCAAAAACCACUCAUUUCCUUUUUUGUUUUCGUUUUGUUUUUGGGAUCAGGACCGUGUUCUUACAGACCAGUGUUUUGCCUUUACUGUUCCUGCGCCUCCUCGCAGCUCCUCUCUCGUUGUGUUUCUCUUUGUUUGGGUUUUUUUUUUUUUCCCACCACAUACGAACAGUUUUCCUCCAUGUGGACGGACGGGUCUCCCCACGCGGACCCGUCCGUCUCUCCAAAAUCUGUGAAGGACGCUCCACCACAGGGCCGUCAUGUAGCUGUUGCAGGUAUUGAUAAGCGAUCAGGGGUUUUCCAGCGGAAGCACAUCCAUCUCCUAGUAUUCCCCUCCUCCCCCUCCUCCUCCUCCUCCUCCUCCUCCACGUGGAUUCGUUUCUCACGCUCCGACCAUCUGAACUCUUCAUCCAAUCCGCUCUCUGUGACUUUUCCCCACUUCUGGUUUUGUUUUUUUUUGUUUUUUUUUUGUGUAAAUUGUUUGUUCAAAUCCAUAAGAGGAAUUCUGGCUAUUUUUUAAAAGAAAAAAAAAUGUUUUUUUUUAAACAUUUUUUUGUAAAAAAAAAAAAAAUAUUUAUUAUGUGAAGCUCUAUUAUUUUAUGAUAUUUAUUGCAAAAGACAGUCUUAAAUUUACUCAUGUCUGAAUAUAACAGAAUAUCAAAUACUUACUGAAAAAUUAAAGGGUGGCACAAAAGAAAAACUAUGUUAACUUUAAUGCAGAAAAUAUAUUAAUUAAUGAAAAAAUA